UUUAACAGCUGUUUUCAGUUUUCAAUUUUUUAACCAUGUCGCGCCAGUUGAGUUUUAAUCCGCAAAAAGAAUAUGAGUUAAUUGAGUAUCCCGGCAAAGUAGUGAAUCCGGAUAGGAUGAUAGCAACAUUGGGAGGCAUUAUCAAUGUGUCCAAGGUUCUUGGCGAUGAAGUAAAACGGUUGGCAUUGCAUUUCCAUCCGGAGAAUCCGUACAACAAACCGGCUUUUGGGGACUGCACGGAUAAAACUGGUGUCCUACUCUCUAUAACAGUUAGGCGUCACAAAAAGGACAAGCAACGGGCGCCAGAAUAUUUUGUUCGGGUAUUGGGCCAUUGCAGCAGGAGUUUCACCUUCGAAACUCUUUGUGAUUUUCAAUAUUUGCCUCUUUGGUCGACACCAAAAAGUGAUAACGCCUUGGCCGCCCAGGGUCUCACAUAUGCUUUGGAUCAGCUAAAACCAAGGGACACCUCUGAUUUGGACUUCUUCAAGCGGCGUCACAAUCAGGUCCUGGCUUUGCCCGAAUUGUUCACCCAUGUGGAUGUGGUCUAUCAGGGCACGUAUCGCAUCGAUGGCUCGGAGGAUGGCCGACAUGAAGUCCUGGGCGUACAGUCUAAAUCCUCGUACGACAACCAAGGGGUUGUCUCUUUUAAUAUGAUAGACAGUUUUCCGACCCAGGCGGACUCCCAGAGUCUUAAACGACUGAAGGUGAAGUAUGUUUCCGAUGAACAGUUAGCCGUAGUGAAAAAGCUAUUCGAUGACUGCCCGAUUUGGACCAGGAUUGCGCUGCAAUAUGAAUCCGGGUUGACCAACGAUAAACUUAAGUGCAUCACGCCGUCGUUGGCGUUUUAUUUUAGCAAUGGUCCCUGGCGGACUUUAUAUGUACGCUUUGGCUAUGAUCCUCGCAAGGAUUUCAAUAGUCGGUACUACCAGACCUUUGACUUCCGACUGCGUUUCAGCACUGGCCUCUCUGAAUUUGUAUAUGCCAAGAAGUUCGUAAAGCAACGGCGCGCAGCGAAUGUUUCUUUUGCACCCAUUGAGGAUCGUGUUUCUGAUUUGGUCCAGGAUAUUGACUAUCCCUACUUUGAUGAACACAAAUUGCCGCGCUCCAGGCAGUGUAUGCUGCGUUACUGCGACGUCCGUAUGGCAAAGAUCCAGGAAAUGCUGGAGAAGAUUCCAACACCGCUUACCGGCGCCGUGUGCAAUGAGCGGACGGGGUGGUUGCCCCCAGGAUUCGAUGCUCAAGUGCGGCAGAUUGUAUGUGCCAGCAUUAGCGAACUUUUGCGAAAUCAUUACCGCAAAGAGAAUCUGACGGCCGAGGUGGAAGCAGUCACUCAAGCCGACGAUGAGGAGGAAGAUGAGCCCGAAGACGAGGAGACUCAGGAGGAGGACAUGGAACUUGAUGAAUCACAAGCCAUAAGCAACUCAGAGCAAUUCGUAGAUAAUGACAUCGAACAGAUCUUUGAAAAUAUCACAAGCUGAGUCGAGUCAUCAUUGAAGUAACUUUAACAUAAGAUGUUAUGAGAUAUAAUCUCUUAUUUAUAAAAUGUAAAAUAUAUAGAAAUCAAGAUUUCCAAGCUUAUUCAUUUGAAUGAAGCGUAGGCGCGGCCUUUAUUCUUGGAUAGUUAUACAGAUAAUUGUAAUAAAUUUCAUUUUUAAUAGCAGAA